AUGUCGGCUUACUGGACCGAAGCCCCAGGCUCGCAUUGCUAUCCUGUGAAACUAUUCGUGACAUUCGCCCUCAUUAAUACUGCAUUCAACAUCUUUACUGAUGUGUUUUUCGCGACGAUCCCUAUUCCCAUUAUUUGGACCCUCAAAAUGACGCGCAAAGUCCGUCUAUAUCUUAUUGGGAUUCUCAGUCUGGGAUACAUCGCCGUCAUCUUUGGCGUCAUGAAUGCCAUCUACCAAAUCGCAUUUACUUCGGAAAAGGACGGGUAUCUCGAUGACUGGAUUCUGUUCUGGGCAACUGCCCAAUUCAACGUCGGAAUUCUCGCCGCCUGCAUCCCCUCCCUUAAGCCCCUUGUCAGCAGGGUCCUGAAGCUAUCCGAGUACUCAAAUUCCUACCCUCGAACCCGAAGCCGCAACGUCUACGGCAGUCGUUCUCGCUCCCGGUCCCGUCGCGUCCCAACGAAUACCGGAGGAAGUCUGCCUACGGUGGGAGGUACCGGUGGAAAUCGAAUUUGGUCCAUGCACCGAGGCGAUCAGUAUGCGCUUGAGGAAUUGGGGAGUCGGGAUUCUGGAGAACGUGCACAUGACCAUGACCUAAAUGGGGAGUAUAGUGCCACGAUUGGCUUUGAUGACGAAUGGCCUUUGGCAGGUGAAAUUCAGCAGCAACAGAUUGAUGGCGGCAAAGACGGAAUUAUCAAAACGACUGAAGUUAUUGUAAAUAAAUCUUAG